AUGGGCUUUCUCAGUCGAGUCGCUGGCUUUAGGCGUCUCGACAUGGUCCGGGAUAGUGACAUCCGGAAGAGCCUUGGAAUACAGCCUUUGCUUCUCCAGAUUGAGAAGUCACGGCUGCGAUGGCUUGGGCAUGUGUUGGGAAUGCCUCCAGAAAGGAAGGCUAAGCAACUGUUCCUUGAAAAUCCGAUUGGCAAAAGGCCCAGGGGACGGCCAAGAUUAACCUGGUGCAAACAUAUGGAAGAAGUCUGUUCCAGACUGCAUUUGUAUUUUGCCGAAGCUCAGACUCUGGCACAGGAUCGGGAACGUUUGAAGUUCUCUGUGAUGCGUCUGCCUCAGCGACUCGAAAGGAGAAGCGCAGAUGGAAGAUGA